AUGACUUGUUCUUAUAUGGUAAUAUGGCUCGAUGCGAAUGCAAAUGAUGGUAUCAGUAGUUUUCGUGCAAAACUAACUGAAGAUUCUUCUCAACAAGUCAAAAUCUUUGUUGAUGCCGAUCAAUGUGUUACAUUUAUUCAAACAAAUGCUAAUCAAAAGAUUUUUUUCAUUCUUUCUGGUUCAUUUGGUUCAAAAGUUGUACCAUUAAUUUAUGAUUAUGAACAUAUAUAUCAAAUAUAUAUAUAUUGUGCUUCAAUUGCUAAGCAUACUAGUUGGGCCAUAGAUUAUACUGACAAAAUAUUAAUGUUCGAGCAUGAAAAUGAUUUAUUUGAAAGACUUUUCAAUGAAGUCGUAGCAUAUUUACAUCAGCAAGCUGAACAAUAUCUCAAACAAGCUGACCAACAUCUUAAACAAGCUAAUCUUUGUAAAGAUCGUGCACAACUAUUUAAACAAAAACCAUGUGGGUAA